UGCAUCGACUUCAGUCUACCCUGUGACAUCCCGUUGACGCGACGCGUGCAUCUAUCUUUACUCUCUUUCCUCAUCCGGAAAACACAGUCUCCUCCACACAAUGAUUGACUCCAACUAUUACGACAUCAUCAAGCAAGAGCAAUGCUACUUUGAUAACAGCUUGGGAAUGACCAACAACAAUAACAACAAUACGACGAACAGCAACAUCAACAACAAUAACAAUAAUAACAAUAACAACAACAGCCUGCAGGCUGUGAGCGGGAAUGUACAGGAGGAACAGGAGCAGCCGGAUCCUGACAACAUUAAGAUGUUCGUGGGUCAGGUGCCAAAGUCGAUGGACGAGAACGACCUGAAGAGGAUGUUUGAAGAGUACGGACGGGUGCACUCGAUAAACGUCCUUCGGGACAAGAACUCCGGCGUCAGUAAAG